AUGACGUUAAUAAGAUUAGACAACUCUAACACGUAUUUUGCUGAUACUGUCUUCAGAAAUUGUAAUUCAGGCGAUCUUCCAGUUAUUUUUUCACAAAAUUCAGAAGUAAUCAUCGAAAAUACAAAGUUUACACGCUUAGAUUUGUUCACAUUUGCUCAUUUUAUCAAAUCUAAGGUAAGUUUCGUGGAAGAUGAAAUUUUGAAUAAUAGAAUCAAAAAAUACUUCAUAUCUGCAUGUCAUCAGUCAGAAAUACAGAUAGCUAACUGCUCUAUUACAUCAAACAUGUUCAAUUCUUUUUCUUAUCUCGAGAAAAUUUCUAUUCUUCGAAUUUCCGAUUCAACACUUAUGAAAAAUACAGGAAUGAUCGUUCAUUCUCACAAUUCUUCGAUUAAUUUGAAUUUUCUCAAAAUUUUACAACAAGAUUCGAAAGAUCAAGUUUUCUCUUGUUUUGAGUCGAAUAUUAACAUGGAUCAUAUCGACAUUGACAAAUCAACGUUUACCAAUUUCAUUCUUUCCGUUUCAAACGAAAAUGGAAAUAUUGAAAUUUAUAAUUCAAAAAUAAUCGAAUCAAAUACGGUUAAUUAUGCAAUAGAUCAGACUGGAGGCAAAAUAACUGUUGAUUCAUUCAGAUUUUUCAACUUUUCAAUCCAAAACGGAGGAUUAUUUAAAUUACUAGAUUUAAACGAAGCAAAUAUCAGUAAUAUGAAUGUAUCUUAUGCUUCAGUCAGCUCGUAUUCAUUUGCUGGAGUUCUAAUCCAAAAUAAUACAAAAGUAAAUUUAUCAAAAAUUAAUUUCGAAAUUAAUGACAUUUGUCCAAUAUAUAUCAACAACAGUAACUUCUUGAUUGAAGAUUCCUCAUUUGUUAUGAAUCAUUGCGUUCCAAAUCCAAGAAUUCAACAAAGUCAAUCUAUUUUCAACGUUUUCAACGCAAAUUCGUCAGAAAUCAAGAAUAUUUCAUUUGUAGAGAACUCAGCCUUGAAUGGAGCUAUGUAUUUUGUUAAUUCUUCCUCAAUAAUUUCAUCAUCUACCUUUUCUCAGAAUUUUGCUUUGGAAAGCAGCUGUCUUGGGAGUUUGGGAUCAUCAAUUACAGCCACACAUUCGAAAUUCUCAAACAACAACAGUACAAAGAGAGGAGGAGUUUCGUUUAUAAAGGAAUCUCUAAUUAACUUUGAUGCGUGCCACUUUUUGUCAAAUUUUGCUCCAACUGGAGGAGUUAUUUUCUCAGAAAAUAAUGAUAAUAUUAUGAUAUCUAACUUGGAACUCAAAGGAAAUACAGCUAAUACAUCUUCUUCGUUUAUUCAAGAUAUUAAUUCAAAAAUUAUUAGUUUAUCUAAUAUUAGAGUUGAUUCUGACUUUGAUUCUUCUGUUUCAGCAACAGCAGAACUUAUACUAUCAUCUGCAAAGUUCAAUUGCAAGUUUUGGUGCAAAGAAGUUUCGAAUCAGAAGAAAGUACAGCACAAAGCUAAUGAAAAGGAUAAGAUUGAAUCAUCUCAGCCAAUGAAUCAUAUUGUAAUUGAUGAUUCAAAGAAGAAUCAGCUAGGAUACGAAAAUAAUGAAAAAGAUACAAGCAAACAAGACUUUAAUGCGAAAAUAGAUAUGAAUCCCAAUAAGAAACAAUCGUAUUCUACUGGAUUCGUACUUUUCAUAUGUGGAUUACCAAUCGCUUUAAUUAUUGUGACGAUCAUUAUCGCAAGGAAGCUUGGAAUGAGAAAUAUCAAUAGAUUUGUUAGGAAGACAUUCACCAAGAAAGGAAAGCAUCAGAUUUAG